AUGUACACACUUCUUACAAUACAUUCCACCUUUUCAUUCACAGAUCCUCUUUCUCCUAACCCGUUUUUUUUUUUUCGCUUCUCUCUCCGCCUUUGUUCUCCUAUUUACACUAUUGCUCACUGCCAUAUUUUGAUAAACACUUCCACCAGAACGCGGAGUCGUACUGUUGAAUUAUUAACAAUUGUCUUUCCCUGUCGACCGUUGCGAACAAUUCACCAAUUUUCUGUCGUAUGGUUUCUUUUCAUUUCUCUUCUCAUUCUCCUUUCAAGAUUCAAUGUCUCGUUUUUCUUUAUUAUUAAUAAUAAUAUUUUACUUUUAAAAUUCUUUUUCUUCUUCUUCUUUUUCUUCUUCUUCUUUUUCUUCUUCUUCUUCGAUCUUCUUCAUCAACUUCGCCACAACCAUUUCGUGCUUUACCUUUUUUCUUCUUUUCAUUCCUCUUUCUCUUCCUCACUCCCAACUGCUUAUUUUUUCUCCCCUUUCUUUUUCUUCUCUCUCUUUUUUUCUUUUACAUGUUUAAGAAUUAUUUUUAAUUCCUUUCCGUUUUUUUUUCUUCUUUCAAUCCUAAAUCUCUGUCCGUCGCUUCUUCACCGUUCGAUUUUUUACUUCAAUUCUCUUUCUUUCUUUCUUUCUUUCUUUCUUUCUUUCUUUCUUUCUUCGACUUCGUCUCUGUCUUUCCCUUGCUUCUUCGUUCUUUUCUGUUCUUACGUUUCCUUCUUUUUUGUUUACCCUUUAUUUUCUUCUGUUUUUCCUUUCUCUUUCACUCCUUAG